AUGGCGUUGAAGAGGAUCAACAAGGAGCUUACGGAUCUUGGGCGCGACCCACCGUCAUCCUGUAGUGCAGGCCCCAUCGGCGAUGAUCUCUUCCACUGGCAAGCGACCAUCAUGGGCCCCGGCGACUCACCCUACUCCGGCGGCGUCUUCUUCCUCGCAAUCCACUUCCCCACAGACUACCCCUUCAAGCCCCCAAAGGUCAAUUUCACCACCCGCAUCUACCACCCCAACAUCAACAGCAACGGCAGUAUUUGCUUAGAUAUUCUGAGGGAUCAGUGGAGCCCGGCUCUUACGAUCUCGAAAGUCCUUCUCUCCAUCUGCUCGAUGCUCACAGAUCCGAACCCGGACGAUCCGCUGGUGCCGGAAAUCGCACACGUCUACAAGACCGACCGCUCUAGGUACGAGGCCACGGCAAGAGAAUGGACGAGGAAGUAUGCGAUCUAA